AUGCUGUCGAGCUCGUCGUCUCGUGGCGCUUCCAGUGAAUACGGAGUGAUUUCGAUUACAGCCAAUGAGGGCUUCUCACCGAAUCAUCCCCUUUCCGGAUCCACUUCAACCUACGGGGUUUUCAAAAAGGAAACAAAACCGAAUGGAUAUGGAACUAUUUUUCGACCGUUAGCUGUGAAUGGAGUUGAUUUGAUGAGCGUGGAAAAGUCGGAAUGCAAAAUGGACUCUGAGGGUGAUUUGGAAGCGAUUCUCAAUACGAAUCAUAGCAUUGAUCUCUUUGAAAGUGAUUUCAAAGAUUCUAAUUUGGAAAUCGAAGCAAUGGAAAAGAUCCGACAAGAUCUGCGCGUCCACGAGAGAGCUUUAUUGCGUGAUGCACUUUUGAUAGCAAAGGUAUUCCAUCAACGUGUGCACUCAUUGACAAAAGAUUAUCACCUGCUUGAAGAAAUGUUUAUUCAAAUUGAUUCAAUUGCAACGUCGAUCUCGAAAUUCAUUCAAGAAAUCGAUUCUCUGCAACUCUUAAAUUCUCAAAGUCAAACGGGAAACCUAAUGAAUAUGAUGAUUGAAUCGAUUGGGACAGCUGUAACAAAACAGGAUGCUUUACUUAGAAAUAUGACCACUUAUAUCUCGGCUUUGUACCAAUUAAAGCACUCAAAUGCUGCCUUUCGAAUGAUGUUAAACGAUUUCGAAGCAUCAUCCGAGUGCUAUUUGCCGGUGAUUUGGUUAUUGAUUCGGGUGCUGAAUCGUUUACUGCACUGGCAAGAGGCUUGUGCCCGAGUGGUAGAGAUUCUGUUAGCGAACGGUCAUGUGAAUGGGGCGCUUGGGACGGCGAGAAUGGCUGUUGAUCAUUUAGCUCAUCAUUCAGCUUCUACAGCACCUACGCGAAAACUACUCUACGACUUUGCCGUGCUUCUUGAGAUCGAAAGCCAACUCUGCGGAAUCACUCCGAUCAUGCAUCCGGAUCGGCAUUUGUUAAUGUUGGGAAGAGUCAGCGAAGUUUUGAAUGACGGUUUUGCGCCUCGCCUCCUCCUUCUUUUCAACGAUGUUCUGAUGGUGACAACCGAGAAUCGAGAUGCUUUCUCGAUCCUUCGACUCAUUCAUCUUUCAAAUCUAAAAGAAGGCAGUGCCUCUUUGAUCACGCAGAACUCGCGAACAUGUAUUUUAGUGGAUUCAGAGGAAGGGCGAUUCAUUUUUACCGCUAAAGUUACAUCUUUAUGGCUAGAAACUGUAUCAGAAGGGAUUCGAAUGUAUCAUCGAAAUCCGCCCGCUUUGCUCAAAUUGCAAUUGGUGCUUGAAAGAAAAGGAAAUAGUGAAGGGGAAAUAAAUAAAUUGUCGUAUGGCCGCUUGACGUUGAUGUCUGCGUGUUGGUUGAGAGGCGGGACGAUUGGUCGAGAAGAGAUACAUCAAAUGGCUGAGAAAUGGAGAGUUGGAGUUUUAUUGCGGAGAUUGCGGUCAUCAUCGGGAUGGCAGCGUCUUUUCGUCCUUCACUCGCAUGGGCAUCUCUUUUUCUUCAACUCACAUAAAGACAGUCAUCCAUUGGCUGCGUUGUGCCUUUUGGAGUACGGAGUCUCAGUUCCAACUCUGCACGAUCAAAUCCCACAACGAAAUGUCUUCAAAAUCUCCCAUCAACAACUCUCGUAUUUUUUCCGUACCGAUUCGCAUUAUUCGUUUCUAAGAUGGGUGGAAUCAGUGCGCGCCUCGUGUCUCUCUCGACGUCCCCUCGACGCUCUCACCGCCCUCUCCGUUCAUCUC